GUGACGUGUAGCGAUGUCCUCAGGUUGCGCCCGCCGGUGGCUUGCCGCGGCCAUGGCGCUGGUCCUGGCGAUGACCGUCGCUGGCAGCAGGAAGGUAGAGGUCGACCUCACGACUACGUACCUCUCGUCGCCCGUGUACCCCGUGCUCGAGACGUCGGCGUUCCUCGCCGAGGUGGACCCGUCGCUCUUCUUCCGCUACGUCGACGCCAUCGACAUGCGCGCCAAAGCAAUCCAGCACAUUGACAGCAUCAACUACACGACGCUUGCGCUGGACGCUGCCCACGACGUGCUGCCGCCGGACGCGACGAUCGCCAAGCUGCUGCCGUUCGUUCUCCAGACGCGCGCACAGUCGCCCAAGAUUGAAAUGUUUCAUCAGCUCGCAAUCGAGUCGGCGUACAAGGGCUGUGGCCUCGCGUACGAAGCGGCGUCGGCGUGGGCGGUCGUCUACCACGAGACAGGCUGCGCGGCCCGUGUCAUCUGCGCCGCGUCCAACUGGAACGACGCUCUGCUCACCCCGUCCACCGAUGCCAGCUGUGCAGCGUCGGGCGAACACGAUUUCGAGCUGCCGGUCGACCACGUCUUUGACAAGGACGUGGCGGACGCGCCGACCGUGCUCUUGUACGGGACGCUCGGGACCAGCUCGUUGCGCGCCUUCCAUGCCAAGCUGGCGCCGCUCGCCGAGGCCAAGACGAUCCGCUACAUCGUCCGCCACGCACCGCACAACAAUGUUUUGCCCGUGCAUUUGCAAGGCUACGGCGUCUCGCUCCACAUCAAGAACAUGGAGUACAAGUCGUUUGACGACUCCAAGACGCCGCACUCCAAGCACACGCCAACCGACGACGACGAAGAUGCAUUCAUCGUCUCGGUGCUCAUGAAGAAGGGCGCCGAGACCGGGCCGGCAUUGCGCGCGUACCAGCUCGAGUUUGAAGACUUUAGCAGUGUCAACGCCACAGAGAACAACGAAGACGCGCCAUGGCAAUUGAACCACCUCGGGUACUUGGCCGCAAGCGAUAUUUUGGCGUCGACCGACCCGCUCGCGCGUCUCCAGCAACUUUCCCAGAACUUUCCUAAGUACGCGGCCGGCCUCGCGUUGACGACCGAGUUGAUCCCGUCCGAGCGCGUUGCGGCCAUGGCGACUGCGCGCCGCACCGUCGCGACGCAGAACCUUUUGAACAAGCUUGUGGUCAACGGCAUGCCCCACGACUUGAGUGACGUGACGUUCAAUCCAUUCGACUUUGUCAAGCUCCUCGCCGGCGAAGUUCAACAAGGCGACGCGCUGCGGGCUUUGGAGCUCGACGAUCCGACGCUGGCUGCCGUCCACAGCGCCAUGACCACCUUGUCCACGCAAGCAGCCGAGGUGCGUGUUCGCGUGCGUGGGCCGGUCGAUGGCACGGCGCCGCUGUAUCUGAACGCGAUCGAGAGCGAUGAAGCGACGGCCGAGUGGCCCACCGACCUCUCGGUGCUCUCCGAGCCAGCGUGGAACCUCAUUUUUCUGCGCCGUGUCAUGUACGAGGUCAUUGUCGUGCUCGACCCGACGACCAAGCAAGCGGCGAAUGUCCUCCAGCAAAUUCAAUUUUUGAUUCUGCGUGGCGCGCCCGUUCAGUUUGGUGUGCUCUGGACGUCGCCCGAGCUGCUCGCGCUUGCUCCCGAGGACCGCGAGACGUAUGUGCCGGCGACCGACGACAAGGCACCCGCGACGGCCUACCACGUGAGUAAGCUCUACUUAGCGGCGCGCGACCACGGCCACGCGGCCGCCAAGCAGUUUUUGGAUGGCAUUGUUGAGCUGGCCGGUGGCGUGACCGUGAAGGAAGCGCUGCUGAUCUACGUCCAAGCUGUGACCCACCGCUUGGACCGUGGGUCGGCCCUCGAGGCGGCGCGCGACCUGCUGCUGUCGGCGAGCCAGGACGAUAGCGUGUGGGCCAUGACAGACGUUGUGCUUGCGUCGCAGCUGCCGCUCGACUCGUAUGUCUUUAACGGCGUCUUGCGCCGCGACCUGAACCUCCAAGAAGGGCUCAUGGCCCACUUUGGCCGGGACCAGCCACUGUACCAAGAGCUGGCGCGCGCUGGAAAAUUCGCUGACGACGCCGACUUGCUCGACGAGCUGUUUGCCCACGAAGGGCAUUACCCUCUCUACUCGAGUUGGCUGGAUGCGUCGGAGCAGGUGCCCGUGCUCGACUUGCACUUGACGUCCUCGGUCUGGGACGACGUCAAGUAUCUGCACAUGCCGCACACUGCGACCAAGCCCAAGCGCCAGAGCCUUCUUUUGAUGGUCGAUCUGGACACGCCGGCGGGCGCGCGGAGUGCUUACAACGCGCUCAAGACGACGAUGGAAACGCCGGACGUGCGUCUGAGCCUCGUGCACCUCGGCACGUCGCCGUCGUCGAUCGGGUCGCGUGUGAGCUACAUGCUCCACGCCAUCUCGGACGUGGACGAUGCGCGGUACUUGGCCAUUCUCCUCGAGAUCGUGCGGUUUCUGAGCAAGGCCAAGUCGGAAGCGGACAUUGUCCUGCAUGCAAAGCUCCUCGUGCAGACCCACCUCGAUGCUAGCCCGGAAGAAGCGCGCUUGCGGGACCUGCUGCGCUGGCUCGACGAGACGCCCGCGUACACGCACCCACUGCCGAGCCUCUUGUCGAUCACGACACCGACGUUGCUCAUCAACGGCCGUCCGUUGUCGCUGGACGACGACCAGACACUGCUCCCGUCGCUGCUCUCGGUGCUGCUGCAGUGGGAAGGCGAGAACCGCAGCAAGGCCGUCGCUCGCGCCUUCUUUGCCCCAACCAAGCACGAUGCGCUCUCCGUAGCUGCCGCGGCGCAUGUUAGCCAGCGCCUCCAGUCGCUGCUCGCAGUCGUCGAUGCCUACUUGGCGACACCGCGCACGGGCCCGGUCUUCUCCACGCUCGACCAGCACACGACGUUUGCGACGUCGGCGGCGAGUCGCAGCCUCUUGGACGUCGUCGCGUACCUCGACCCGCUCUCGGAAGCGAGCCAGCGCGCGAGCGUCGUUUUGCGCAUGAUGCGGGACGUCCUUGGCGCCAAGAUCACACUGGUGCUGACGCCGACGCCGUCGUACGCGGAGUUUCCGCUCAAGCGUUUUUACCGCUAUGCGUGGGGAAGCGCACCGGUGUUUCGCGUGCUGCCGCGGCCGCCCGUGCUCACGAUGAACGUCGAGACGCCCGAGCUCUUCAACGUGCAAAUGGUGGCGUCGGACACCGACAUCGACAACAUUCAAGGUGACGCGACUGCGAUGUAUGCAGUGCAAAGUCUGCUCGUGUACGGCCAGUGCAUUGACCGCACCAUGGCGUACCAUCCGUCGCCGCCCAACGGUCUCCAGCUGGUCCUCGAGCGUACGGCGGGCGCCGACGUGCUGCACCGCGACACGGUCGUCAUGAAGAACCUCGGGUACUUUCAGCUGCAGGCGACGCCGGGGGUGUGGCGCCUCGAACUGGCCAAGGGCCGAGCGUCCGAGCUGUACGAGAUGGUCGACCAAGCCGCAACCGACCACGCCCGCGUCAUUGUCUAUGAUUUUUCGUCGGCAAUUACGCAGCUCGACGUCAAGAAGCGGCGUGGGUACGAGUAUGCGCGGCUCUUGGAGGAGCCCGAGGACCUGCCGGCCGCGAAGAAGGAAGAGGACGCGGCGACACAGUCGUACUGGAAGUCGCUCGUGUCGUGGGGCACCAAGCAGCCCGUGAAGGACGUGGUGGCGGCCCGCAGCGGCGAGACGAUCCACGUCUUCUCGGUUGCGACCGGGCAUCUCUACGAACGCAUGCUCAAGCUCAUGAUGCUCAGUGUCUUGAAGCGCACAAACAACCCGGUGACGUUUUGGUUGCUCGAAAAUUUCUUGUCGCCUGAUUUCAAGAAGAGCGUGCCCGCGCUCCAAGCCGAGUUUGGCAUGGACAUUCGCCUUGUGACGUACAAGUGGCCCAACUGGUUGCGUCGGCAAACCGAAAAGCAGCGCAUUAUCUGGGGGUACAAGAUUUUGUUUCUGGACGUGCUCUUCCCGCUUGGCGUGCAAAAGAUCAUUUACGUGGAUGCGGACCAAGUCGUGCGCGCCGAUUUGAAGGAGCUCUGGCACAUGGACCUCCACGGCAAGCCGUAUGCGUACACGCCGUUCUGCGACUCGCGCAACGUUGGCUUCCAGUUUUGGCGCCAAGGCUACUGGAAGGACCAUUUGCGCGGCAAGCCGUACCACAUUUCGGCCUUGUACGUGGUCGACUUGGUGAAGUUUCGCCGCAUGGCGGCCGGCGACACGCUCCGCGCCGUGUACGACCAGCUCAGCGCGGACCCAAACUCGCUCUCGAAUCUGGACCAGGAUCUGCCCAACUAUGCGCAGCACCAGAUCCCGAUCCACUCGCUGCCGCAAGAGUGGCUCUGGUGCGAGAGCUGGUGCAGCGACGAGUCCAAGGCCAGCGCCAAGACCAUCGAUCUCUGCAACAACCCGAAACACAAGGAGCCCAAGCUCGACAUGGCCAAGCGCGUCAUCUCGGGCGAGUACUUUAAGGAGAGCUGGCUCGAGCUCGACGACCAAGUCAAGGCCGCCGAGGCGGCGUACACUGCCCGCCACAGCUAGACUACAUGCGUUGACGACCAUGUUGUAGCUAACGGUACAUCGAUAAAGAGCGCUUUCCGGGACCUCACACCUUGAGUU